UUGAAGACCGACAGCCAGCAGAAUGGCCGUGAUUGCAAAGCCGAAAUUCCCAGGCGGCAGAAUCCCACCGCAUCAGCCGCAGGAGCGCCGCCGAUUGGCCGGCGGCUCAAGCGCAGCAGCUCCCGCAAACUGGAAACCUCAUCCAAUCUCUCUCCAACCCGAGUCCUUUCGUCCUCACCUCCGCUCCAUCCGCCAGCUACUCUCGAGUCCCAUUCCGGACCUCAAUUGCCCAGCAUGUUGCCCUGCUUCCGCAGCCGGGUCGCGACCCUCUCCUCCACCUUCACCCCCCGAUUCGCUGCCCGGGCCAGCUACUCGACCACCGUCCCUCGCCUCUCCGAGAACUUCAUCCCUGCCAACGACCCGACCCCGCCUACCGCUAAGCCGAAUGUCUCUGGCACCAAUGCUACUCCCGUUGACGCCAUGGGCGGCUGGGAUGCUCCCCUGAGGGAGGAACCCGAGGCGGGCGAGCGCACCCGUCACCUCCAGGCUCCCAACCGGGCUACCACCUGGGCUGCCAGCCAGCAGCCGAAGGAGAAGGCCAUGGUUGGUCCUCGCUUCGAGCAGACGAUAAUGGAGUUGCAGCCCCAACCCUUGGCUGCCAUUGAGCUCAUCCACAGACAGCCUGUCCGCUGGACGAAAAAGCGCGUCGUCAGCUGUGACGGUGGUGGCGGUCCCCUGGGCCACCCCAAGGUCUUCAUCAACACCGACAAGCCCGAGAUUGCUACCUGCGGCUACUGCGGUCUUCCCUUCGCCCACGAGCAACACCGUGCCUACCUCAAGUCCCUCCCCGCCACCAGCUACCCUCUCGAGCCCACCGGUGAUGCCGCCGAGGUGAACGAGAGCCAGCGUGUGACCGAGGGUGGAUUCGAGCAGCGGUAAAAUUGAUUUUAUAGGCGUUGACGAUGUUUUGUUUUUAUCCUUUAGCCAUACGGCUGUUGUACAGAUGUACCAGGUCAAUGAAGUCGUUAGAUUGAAUGUUUUCAAUUUCUAGGAUAUAUAGUCUGAGAUAUCCACACGUACGCCAUCCACUCUACACCACUCAGACAUAUACUCUACACAAUCACAACCGCACCCCCCCACCACUACCACGACCAUCACAACCACCAAGUCAAGCCUUCUCACCCUGAAUCGUAGCAACCACCUUCCGAGAGUGUCUCAUGGCCCUAAACUCCAGGUACCAAAUACCCUGCCAUGUGCCCGU